AUGAGAACUGGAAGGUGCUCAGUUGUUGCAGAGGGCGUUAUGGCUGAGUUUCACAGGGAUAUCAAAGAUGUCCAUGGUAAUAAUGACCAUGAUAGUGAAGAAGGGGCAAAAAUCUUAAGGAUGCUUGAGACAGCUACUAAACCAGAAGUUCUAAUGGCCGAGAUGAGUUCAGAGCAACUAACUUCUUUUGCUACUUAUCAAGCACUCACACAGUCAGAUAUGCAGAAAUCAAUUGAGAAAGCUCUCAACGAGGCUGGCUUAAGUAGGAGCUUAGGGAGGUAA